UUGAUUUUCAUUCAUGUCAAUCUAAAUUCUUGAACUAGAUUGAUGGUCAUUCUUGGGUUUGAAUCAGUUUUGGUUCACAAGUGAAUAUCUUACAUUUUUCCCCCAGUUUUUUUUUUUUUCUUUUUCUUUUUACUCUUGCCCAUUUUUUUGAUUCCUUGGUAAAAUGAGGUUCAUCUAAAGUUUCUUCAAAGGUUUCAUCUAAACCGCAACCUGUUGAUAAAAAUGAAGGGGCUCAGGAGAGAAAACCGCGGAUUGUUUGUUUUGGGGAGAUGUUGAUUGAUUUUGUGCCAACUGUUUCUGGAGUCUCCCUAGCAGAAGCAGUUGGUUUUAAGAAAGCUGCCGGUGGAGCUCCUGCUAACGUUGCUGUUCAGAUAGCAAGGCUAGGAGGCUCAGCAGCUUUUAUUGGCAAGGUAGGUCAAGAUGAGUUUGGCUUCAUGUUGGCUGACAUUCUGAAUCAAAAUAAUGUUGACAAUUCUGGCAUGCGUUUUGACCCACAUGCAAGGACGGCACUAGCAUUUGUUACUCUGAAAAAUGAUGGUGAGCGUGAAUUCAUGUUCUAUCGCAACCCAAGUGCUGAUAUGCUUCUUCGCGAAGACGAAGUUGAAGGAAACUUAAUUAAGGAGGCAAGCAUAUUUCAUUAUGGAUCAAUUAGUUUGAUUGAGGAACCUUGUAGGUCUGCUCAUCUUGCUGCCAUGGACAUAGCUAAGAAGUCUGGUUGUAUUCUAUCUUAUGACCCAAAUUUGAGGCUGCCACUCUGGCCAUCUGCAGAGGCUGCUCGAAAAGGAAUUAUGAGCAUAUGGAACCAAUCUGACAUUAUAAAGAUAAAUGAGGAAGAAACUGCAUUCUUGACUGGAGGUGAUGAUCCUUAUGAUGAUGAUGUGGUAGUAAAGAAGCUUUUCCACCCAAACCUUAUGCUUUUGCUUGUAACUGAAGGGGUAGAAGGCUGCAGAUAUUAUACAAAGGAAUUCAAGGGCAAGGUUGCUGGUUUUAAAGCUGAUGCUAUCGAUACAACUGGUGCAGGAGAUUCUUUUGUCGGUGGGAUAGUGAACAUUUUGGCUUCAGAUCCAAAUCUGUUUAAGGAUGAAAAGCUGUUGAGGGAGGCUCUUCUGUUUGCAAAUGUCUGCGGUGGUAUCACAGUGACAAAGAGAGGAGCUAUACCUGCACUGCCCUAUAAAGAAGCCGUUCUCCAAACUAUAUCAAAAAGUCUGAACUCGAUUCAACAUUGAGGAACGUGUAGGUUCUCAAGACGCAAUCAUUUGAUCUUUUAGUUGUUUUGUAUAUAUUUAUUUGGUAAUAAUUCUUCAGACCAGGAAAAAAAACCAAAUAAAAAAAAUUAAUAAUA